AUGAUAUAUCCCAAUUACGAUCGGUUAUUGCAUGAAGAUUGUAAAGAAGAGUUUCCCUGGAUGCAGUUAGUUAAAGGAACCUUAUUCAGUUACUGUAAUGUAAGUCCUUACCACCUUAUUUAUAAAAUGGGCCGUAGAAAUGUGCUCCUCCUACGUAGGCGUUCCAUGGGUGUUUACAGUGCUGUAGCUGUACCCAUAUUGUUAAUGAAUCUUUUGAUACGUCUUCGUGGAGUUAAUAUUUUGCGCAAAGAUGAAAUUAUACAGAAAAUGUGUGCGUUACCGUUAUUACCUUCAGAACAAAUUACUAUUUGUUACCGGAAAAUACGUGAAUCUAUUCCUCAAGAAGAGCAGCAAAGCUAUGAUGAGUUCUUCAAUUCUAUUUGCGGAGAAAUGGAUGGAAGUAACUACUGGUACAGUAAUAAACACGGAAAUAAUGAUAUUUGGAAAAUUUUACGAUAUAAUCAGUACGUAGCGUAUGGUGCUGAAAGCAAUCUAAAAAAAUUAGAUGAAGGGAAAGAUCCGUGUAAUAAAAAUUGUCCAACUUCACAUUUAAUUCUUCAAGGAGGAAAGCCAGACAUAGAAAAAUUGUGGAGGAAAUUUUUAAAUGAUACCUUUGACAUUGACCACAUUUUGAGAUGUUUGAGAUUACAAGUUCGGCCAUGUUAUGAUAUAUUAAAUAAUAGCGAUCAACAAAGGAUUCGAUGCUCGGUUCUGCUCAUUGAUAAUGUACAACAACAAGCGCAAUUACAAGAAGAAGAUAACGAUAUUGUGAUGUUAGACCAUGACUACUUGCAAGUAGCUGCUGUUGAGGAAGUCGAACGUCACGCAAAUGAAGAUGAUGUGAUUGCCGCUCAUGAUAUUUGUCAGCCCUUAGAUGAAGCAGCAAAUCUUGAUGCCGCAGAUAAUGUCAUUGCAAACGAUGUAAAUGUCGCUGAUGAUGUUGGUCAGCUCUUAGCUGAAGCAGCAAAUCCUGAUGCCGCAGAUGCUGUCAAUCCAGACGAUGUGAUUGCCGCUCAUGUUGUUGAUCAGCCCUUAGCUGAAGCAGCACGUGUUGUCGCAGGUGAUCUGUCUGAAGAUGAUGACCAAAUUGGCAUCAAUGUGAACGAUGAUUUUGAUUUUUUGGCCGAUGCUCGAAACGUAGAAGGAUACAGAAGAAUAGCAGAGCUUGAAGCACGUGGCUUUACAAAUCUUCGCUAUAUUGGUAGUGGUCGUGUCAUUAGUGUCCGCAGAGAAGACGAUCAUGAAGCUAUAGAGGAAGAAGAAGGAAGAGAAGAGGAUAAUAGCUAGGCCUCCGUACCGGAACGACAACGAUGAGAUUUCCGCUAAGUGCUGCGUGUGUCUAGAGAACCGAAUUGCUUAAACAUUCGCACCGUGUAAUCAUUUUAUGAUUUGCCAAGCAUGCCUUGUUCAACUAUUAACAGAAGCAGACAGCAAUCUAUCACCAGGAUUGAAAUGCCAUGUAUG